AUGCUUCUUCGCAAUCCCAACGCGUUUGGUCGUGUGAUGGAGGAACGCAGAGCCAUUCACGGGUCGAAUGACCAAAAGUCGCUCUAUGACAUUGUGCUCAGAUAUAAUGUCAAUGACCUCGAACCCAAGAUUGGCGCCUCCAUGGGCAAGGAUCGAAUCUUUGCACUGCUUGGGCUGGCAGCGGAUGACGAUGAGUUCCGCAAAGGGGUGUGCGUGCAGUACGGCGGUACUAUGCGAACAUAUAGGGAUGUCGCACGCCUGAUGCUGAAACGAGACGUCGAUACACUUCUCUUUAAUCAGUUUCCAAAGAACCUGGCAGGAUUACCGUCUUGGGUCCCCGACUGGAGCAUGAAUCUAGUUACGCCACUCGGCUAUAGCAAGCUGACUGAGCCCGAGUUUACGGCUGGGGGCGAAAAACAAACAGCCGACUUGUCGCUCGAUGAGCAAAAUGGUCUUGCCAUCAAGGGCACCCUGUUGGACAAGGUUGUUUUCGUGGGCGAGCGCACGUAUUCUGUUUCUCGUGAAUCCUUUACGCAUCCCCAAAUUGAUUAUCUAGAUGCCACUCUGUUUUUCAAUGAGAUAUCCGCCGUCGUACGGGACGCAGCGUUCGUGUAUAACGGUCAUUCGGCCUUGCCACUGGACCAAGAGGCGCGAGCCCUGCAGUUUCUUCGUGUCUGCGACUCUGGUCUUUCGUACUGGAGUUUGGCAAGGGAAUUUGGCCAUUUCGAGGCCAAAGAGCGUUUAGAAACAUGUUUUUACGUUGUCAAUUUCGUAGGAGAGAGCGCGAUCAAGUCUGAAGAAAGCUUGGCCGCGUGGUCCAUCACUCGUAUCUAUCAUACAAUUGGCGUUGUUCCGUGGUAUUUCCAGGCCGGCUCAGAAAUGGAAACACUCAGAUACUGGGCUCGAGGUCCCAUCGCAAUGGCAAAGUUACUAUAUGAAGGCGUUCAAGACUUCUUGUGGGAGAUGUUGAUGCUUUGCGCAUCAUCGGCUAUGGUCCAGGGGAUAUCUUGGUACAUCGACUUCACGCGCCGGUUCAGAAAAAUUGACUACAAAGCUCACAAGGACCUAACAAAGGGCCCUAAGAUGCCAGAAGAGUGGGUGACGAAACUUGAACAAUAUGCCGCGGAGAGGCAUUCAUUCAUGCAUGAUUUGGUGAGAAACGCCGGCCGAAGAGUGUAUCGCACAGAAAGGGGUUACGUGGGAAUGGGGCCGCCGAAAAUUGAAUGUGGUGAUAUGGUGGCUGUUUUUCAUGGAGGCACGAUGGCGCAUAUUCUGCGUCCAUCCAAGGAUGACAGAGGUCAUGAUGAGGACACAGCUUGGGAGUAUAUUGGAGAAACGUACUGCGAUGGUAUUAUGCAUGGCGAGGCCUUGGAGUCGGGCGUUGCUCGCCGCGUACUGCUUGUCUGA